CACAGCAGCCACACACACACACACAGCAAAAUGCCUGAAGCUGAAGUAGUAUACUCCGAUGUGAAGUUUACAAGAAGAAAAAAGGGAGCCAGUGAGGCCGUUACCCCAUCGACUGACUCGACUUACUCUGAAAUCAAGAUCUCAAAGACUCAGCCAUCCACAGCACAGCUGUCUGAGGAUCCUCAACAAGCUGCGGUGAUCAAAGGGUCAAAGGUCACCUCAGAGAGAGUGGUCCUGGUGGUUCUCAGUGUUCUCCUGGCAGCUGCUCUCGUUGCUCUGUGUUUUACCACAUUUGAUAAAAGUAGAACUAACCAAGAGCUUGAAAAUCUGAAACUUAAACAAACGAAGUGUGAAAGUAAUCUCACAGAGACUCUCUCUAAAAUAAAAUCAUGCAGCACGGUGCAGCCGACCUGUCCAGGACCUAAAGUAAUAGAUGAUCCUUGUUAUAAAUGUGAAGGAGGCUGGGAGCUACAUGGAGAAAAGUGCUAUUACUUCUCCAACAAUGAAUCAUCCUGGAACAAGAGCAGAGAUGAGUGUAGAGCUAAAGGAGGAGACCUGGUUAAGAUAGAGAGCAGAGAGGAGCAGACUUUCCUGGAGAGAAAACUGACAGAUGUAAUGACUGAAGCUGAGGACAAGUUCUGGAUCGGACUGACAGACUCAGCAGUAGAGAAGACAUGGGUGUGGGUGGACGGAUCACCACUGAAUGAAAGUUUGAAGUUUUGGAGUCGCAACGAGCCAGACAAUUGGAAUGGGACAAAUGGUGAACAUCCUGAUGGAGAGGACUGUGCGAGGAUGGGAGAAAAAGGUGGAGCUGUUGAUCUGAAUUGUUGGUUUGAUGCAUUUUGCUCAAAGCCUCACAGAAGUAUUUGUGAGAAAGCAGGAGUAAACGGAAAGUUUAAGAAAGUAUGUGACUGAAAUUCACAUAUGAAACUCCAGAAUGAAGUGAUGCAUUUUUUAAAAUAAUUUCACAAACAGAAACAAAAUGAACACAGUAAAAUAAACAUGAGUAAUAUUUUGUAUCUGACACUUUUCAGUUUUGAAGUGAUUUACACGAACAAGAAAUGUGGGAGCACCUGUGAAAUUCAUUAAACUUUUAAUAAUAAAUUAUCCUGUUUUGUAAACUUAAAGCCAUCUAGAAAGUUAAAAAGUAUUUUGGAUACUGAAUCAAUGAGUACAUCAUAUAACUACAGAAGAACCUAUGAAUUAUUUAUUAUCACUUUUACAGGAAAAGGAAAGGAACGAAGAAAGAAAGACGUGAAGUGUUACAAUGGAAUAAGUAAUUCACGUCAGUGUUAUUAAAAAUAGGAAUGCCACAUUUAACAUCGAGUCAUCCAGUACAGGAAAAGAAGGCUGUGUUUCUCAGAGUUUCCAGUGUGAGAAGCUGUUUGUAACUGUUGUAAAUGAUACACAUUUCUUAACUCUCACAUCUGUGGCUCCUGAAAAACCUCUGACAGUGUGGCACUGCUGUCUGUGCUCUCCUGCAUUGUUAUUUAUCUUCUCUGCGUGUUUUUUAUUUCAAAUGUGUGUCUGAUUUACAAGAAAUUAAACGAGCAACAGAACAUUUGCUGUUGUUGUAAAAUCCUGACGACUUCAUGUGUUAACCCGCUUUUUUUGCAGCGACAAAUUAUAAAUCAUUAGAUAUCAUUACAUAUUAUUAUUACAUAUUAAUCAAUUGUUAAAGAAGGAUCUUAAUUUUAAGAUUUCAAGUGUAAUUUUAAUUUUAAGUAGAGUGCGAUCCUAAGUUGCACCACAAGGGGGCACUUCCAGGUCUGGCACAAAGUUCUGCCCAUAGUUUCCCAGACAAUCAGACCUGUAGAUACUGUACUUUUAUACAGAUGACUGGGAGAUCAUGCACAUUAAAAUAAUGCAUUUUAAGAUUUAAUAAUGAAUAAAGAUAAAUGAAUAAAAUAUGGUUUAGUAAAUUCAUUUCCAAAUCACUUUAGUUUAUUAUACAUUUA